GAAAUGGCAAUACCAGACAACUUGUCAUUGUCCGACGAAAAGCCACUUCCUGUCCCGCCGGACGACGAUGACUCGUCGCUUAGCUCACCUACUGCAACUAUUGGACUGCGCUCUAUCGCAUCGGAGGCCGAAACAGAGAUCACUUUGGCUCCUUCGGCAGCCAUUAUUACAAAGCGUGAGCACGCUCUUAAGGAAUUACUUUCCUCUGAACGAGCGUACGCAUCGGAUUUGGCUUUCAUUCGGAAUGUACAUAUUCCAAUGGCACUCGGAAGGCAAGCGCCUUUCCACCUUCCCUUGCCCGCAACUCCCCCGAGCUCAUCUGACUCAUCACUUCGCACACUCUCAACGUCCUCCGAGUCGUCUUCAAGUUCAGGUCACUACGGGCCACCGAUGACGAAGGAUGACGUGCGCACAAUAUUCGGGAAUAUAACCGAGCUUGCGGUAUUCUCGGAUAUGUUUUCGGAGCGUUUACAAGAAGCGCUUGGUGACGUGUUAGAAGAUGGGAAAGGCGAAGAUUGGGUUGGAGCGUUGUUCCUUGAAAUUAUUCCCCAAAUGGAGCCGCCUUACAUGCAUUACAUCACGAAACAUCCAAAUGCGUUGAAGCAUUUAAACUCGUUGCCUCGGACGCCUGCGUUAGCGAAUUAUUUGGCACAGACGCAGAACCUGGCUUCGUCGGUGACGCACGCUUGGGAUUUGCCUUCGCUUCUCAUCAAGCCUGUUCAGCGACUUCUGAAAUAUUCUUUACUUCUCACCACAAUCAUCGAACAAACUCCAGAUGACCACAGUGACAAGGACAACCUUAAGAAAGCCCGGAAUAAGAUGGAAGAGGUCGCGCGGGCAGUGAACGAAGGGCGACGUCGUAUAGAGGUCGUGAAGGAGAUUUUGUCAUCGAAGGCGGACGUUAGUAAACCGGCCGCUCUACAGAAGAAGCUCAGCAUCGGAAAGUCCAACCAAGGCGGUCUUGGACGCAUGAAGAGCAUUAGCAUGGGUCUCCGUGCUUCUCGGCCAAAGGAGGAAAACAACGAGGAGGCAGCACGUGUGGCGGAACACGAGCGGGAGUUAAGAAGGUGCGAAGGGUUCGUACGUGAAUUCGCAAAGGACAUCGUUGGGUGGGCCCAGACUGUGCGUGCGUCGCAGACGCACCUGCGUGAAUGGGCAAUUGAUUUUGGGAGGACGAUCGGGAUCAGCGAGGAACAGCCGUCCGAGGCGUUUGACGCGUUCAUGGACACUAUCAACACGAGGCUUGUGGCUCUUUGCCAGGAGCUGGAAGAUGUAGUGGCGAAAGAGCUGCUUCCGGAGUUGGCUAGCUUGCUCGAUACCUCGAAGGCACCGCUACGAUUGUUAACUGUGAUGCACACCCUUGAACCUUUGCACAAUGCGUUGCUCAAUCUCAAUUAUUCGAGGAAUCGACCGACACCUUCCUUAAUGGAGGCAUCUCAGAAGUACUUGGCACUACGUGGCCAACUUGCUACUGACUUACCCAAGUAUCUCGAGCUCCUCGACAAAGGAAUCGUAAUGUGCAUCCGGCAGUUUGCUCAUCGACAGACAGCGUUCUGGAGUACAGUGCGUGACCAAUGGGGAUCAUUGUGGGACUGCUUACGAAUGGAAGGGGAGACGAACGCCGGCUGUGUCGAAACACUCACGCUCUGGUGGACGCGAUACUCCGAAGUCGAAGACGCAAUAAGCAGACUAACCAUCCUCAAACGCGAAAAACCCGUCUACCCCAGGUCACCAGCACGUUCUCGAGCAUCCGACGUCUCCAGUAUGGAUUAUUCCUCUUCUCUUCCCCAUAUGACUCCCCUACCUAACUCCCCGUCCUCCGCCUUUUCUGGGUCUUCGUCGUCGGCGUCGAUGCGACAUCGUAGCAUCGGAUCCUUGGAUUCUUCUCUCGCCUUGGUCCAUGGCACACCGCCGAGAAACUUGCGUUCGUCCCCCUCAGCAGAGAGCGUACCGACGUUUUAUUCGAACGCCGCUUCUACGCACGGGAAGUCUCGUCCGCGCACGCCGGAAGGGGGGUUUGGAAGGAUGAAAGCGCGGUCGAAUACCUCUCCGUUCCCAGCUUCAGUGUCCGGUGCUGCUGUUGCUGCCGCUGCGAUGGCAUCUUCAUCACAACAUUCGCUUAACGCGUAUGGGAUGUAUCCUUCAACUUCAACUGCCACCGCGACUACAGCCACAUACGUAAAUUCGACGCACGAGUAUGCAGAAUCGAUAGACUCGAGGAGUGGUGAAGUCCGAGGGAGGAAGUCGCGAAGUUCGAGUUUGAGUCAGAAGUUGAGUGAGACGUUGCGUACGCCUUUACGACGUUCGCCUUCUCAGAAGUCUGUUGGCUCGCAACGGUCACAGAAAUCUACUACCAGCCAUUCACGGUUACAGUUUCACGAACCCUCGUCUACUUCGUACUCUUACAUCCACUCGCACUCUACGAACUCGUCGGUUCCACCAGUCCCUUUACCGCUAGACAUAACGCCCCCGCCUAACAGUCCCUCGAUGUACUACGUCGAAACCAUCCACCCAUGCUCACCUCCCGCCGGCGCGAUAUACAUGGACUUGCCCUUCCUUACGCUGAGAGAAGGGGAUAUAUUCGGCGUAUUGAGUGAACUGGGCCAUCCGGAGCAGUUUGAGGGCCUAUGUUUGGAUUUAGAAGAGGGAGAAGAAGAUUGCUUGCUUGUGGUGAAGAGUGAGGAAGGGGAUGUUGGGCUUGCGUUGGCAAGUUUCUUGGUUCCUGUUACUUGAUCUUUUCGUCUUCGACUCUUUGGAUUUUUUUCCACGUGUUUUCUUGUUCCGGAAUUGACGAUCUAUUCCCCCCCCCCUUUGUGCGGAAGCAUUUCUACUACUUUGUAUAACUGAUUUACAUGUGCCAUGUUGUUCCUUGUUGUGAUAUGCUGUUUGUAUGAUGCUGUUGUGUUAUGUUAUGUUGUGCUGCGUUCUCUUUCAUCCCUCAUCUUUCAUCUCUCAUCUCUCGUUCACACACAUGUCUGUUGAUGUUUUCCUUCCUUCCUCCUUUCCUCAUAUCACGAACAUCUCUAUGACCGUAGUUUCUCC